AUGGCGUCGUCUGCUAGACGCCAUCCGCCUCUUCGACCUUCGUCAUCAACGAAUCGAACCGCUCGAGAAGUUGAAAAACGAGUUAAUACUCCUGGUCUUUCCAGUGAUAUCAACGACGAGGAAUUCGGAAUAGCUAGUGGUAAACCAGUACCACGUAGUUAUUUACUUAAACUAAUUAAAAGGUCUCAUAUGAAUGGUAUACUUAAUUUAGCAUCACGUGGUUUAACUGAAGUUCCCCCGGAAGUAUUUGCAGAAGAAGUUGUUGAAGACGAAAAUCAACAACGACAAAAAGCUAAAAUACCAGAUUUUAGCCAAAAUACGACAGAAACUUGGUGGAAUCGUGAGGCUCUUAAAACACUUGAUCUAUCAUCGAACUGUUUAACGACUCUUCCAAACGAAAUUGAAACAUUAAAUUAUUUGGUUGUUCUUAAUGUUCACAACAAUCAAUUAACAACGUUGCCUGACGCCAUACGUGGUUUAAGAGCAUUAGAAAAACUUGUUGUUAGUCAAAAUCAAUUAACAAUGUUACCCGAUGGUUUUUAUUUCUGUGCGUCACUUCUUUCAUUGAAUCUUUCGCGAAAUCGUUUAACAAAAUUAUCCAAUAAAAUUGGUCAACUGUCAUAUAUACAAGAAUUAGAUUUAUCGGAAAAUGAAUUUGAAUUAUUUCCAAAAGAAAUUGGUUUUUUAACGAAAUUAACAAAACUAACAGUUGCAAAAAAUCGUCUCCGAGCACUUCCACAUGAAUUUGGUGCACUCUAUAAUCUACGAUCGCUUGAUCUAAGUCAUAAUCAAUUAACGCAAUUACCUGAAAGUUUCGGAGAUUUAAUUAAUCUUGAAGAGAUUUAUGUGAAUGCAAAUCGUUUAACAAUUUUUCCAUGUUUUAAUCAAUGUUCUCGACUAAAAGAAAUUCAUAUGGCUGAUAAUCAGCUCACUGAAAUUACUGAUAAUCAAUUGAAACCACUUUUAUCAUUAAUAUCUCUCAAUCUUCGUGGCAAUAAAAUACAUACUUUACCAGAUCAAAUUUCCCUAUUACCUAAUUUAGAAAGACUCGAUGUUACAAAUAACGAUCUUUCCGAUUUGCCAUCGAAAAUUGCAUUGAAUAAGAAAAUAAAAAAUAUAAGUAUGACUGGUAAUCCAUUGGGAAAAAUUCGAAAAGAUGUUAUUCGCCUCGGAACUGACUCUAUAAUGAAAUAUCUUCGAAAUCGACUAACAAUUGAUGAUGGAACUGCUAGCAGUACUGAUCAGCAAACAUUCGACAUUCCAAAAUCAACGGAAACUGAUGACGAAAGAAAACGUCGUUUAUAUACAGAACAUCAUGUUGUUCGAACUACUGGUACAUUUGAUUAUAGUCAUAAGAAUGUUUCAACAUUAUCGAAUGAAUCUAUUGAACUCAUUAUAAAAGAAAAACCAUCACAUAUUAAUUUAGCAAAAAAUAAAUUUACUGAAAUGCCUAUUGCAUUGGUACGAUUGGCUGAAUCUUUGCUUCAUUUGGAUAUGUCUGCGAAUGGCUUAUUGCAAUUGAAUUCACAAGUUGGACAACUUAAAGAAUUACGUUUUCUUGAUUUGAGUACAAAUCGUCUAACAGAUCUACCAUCAGAAUUGAGCUCUCUUGAGCAUCUACAAAUCAUAAAUCUAUCAAUGAAUAAAUUUGUUCGAUUGCCCUCUGUUCUCUAUGAAUUAAAACAAAUUCAAGAAAUUCUUGCUAAUGAUAAUCAACUGGUGGAAUUAGACCCAAACGGUAUCCUGAAAAUAACGUCCACUUUGAUUACAUUCAAUGUACGGAAUAAUAAUAUUCAACGGUUACCUCCUGAAUUUAGCAAAUGUACACUACUUAAAUCUCUUGAUGUUGCAGGUAAUCCAUUUAAAAUACCACGACCAGCUACAAUAGCCAAAGGUACACAAGCCAUAUUAGAACAUUUACGAAAUCAAUUAAUCGAAUAA